ACUCAUGGAGAGUUGCCUGAGAUCCAUAGUUGAUUUACAGGAACAUCUCCUCUCCAGCCUAGAUUUUAGCGCUACACAUGUGCUUUAUGAGUUGCAAAGCUGCUGCAAUGGGCUUUUGCGGAAAAUAUGCAAUAUUGAUUUGUAUUCCCACUUUUUGCAUGGUUUUAUGCAAAAAAUUGACACACAUGAAUCCAUAAUUGAUGAAAGUAUUCAAAUUUUGAUUAAAAAAUAUUCAGAUUUGUCAAAAAGGCUAAAACACGAGCUUUUCUCCCAGAUAACUCGUAAGAAAAAUAUAAAGACAUUGGAAUCAAUCGAGUUCAACGGUGAAAAUGUUAGGGAUGCAGAUGAUGCCUAUACUGAAACCCUUGAAGUUAGCUGUCCUAGACCAGAUAGCGCAAGAAUCAGUGAGGGCUCCGCGAGGACAACGAUUUCUUUGGACAUAGGUGGAACCCUGGUAAAAGUGGCUUAUAGGCUGAAUCUGCAUGAUUUACGAGGAUAUACAUAUCUCACAUGUGUAUAUGAAGCCUAUUGUUAUUCGGCUGUAUUUGUUAAAUAUGCCUCUCGCUAUUACAAAUUGGACAUGAAUCUUGAUUACGGGGAUGUUUCAUCGGAAAUUGACUUUUUACACUCUCUAUACUUAAAUGUAGAAGCAGGAAAAAAUUCCACAUUCUGUUUUAGGCAUGUGCCUAUAUCAAGAAUAGGAGAACUCGUGCGAAGCAUUACCGCUAUUGAAGAUAGAUAUGGUUGCCAGUAUUUGAGUUUAACUGGAGGUGGUUCCUUUAAAUAUAGAAAUAUGUUCGAUUAUAUGAAGAAUGUAAGAGCUAGGGAUGAAAUGGCAUGUUUAUUUGAGGCUGUAAAAUUUAUACAUAAUAUUCCUGGUUCAGUUAUAAGCUAUAAUUUAGAACAUAGGCUACCAAAGAAGAAAUCUAUCAAUCCGUUAUAUCCAUAUUUGAUUGUAAAUAUAGGAUCUGGGAUAUCCGUUAUAAAGGUUUCAAGUGAAACCGAAUUUAGGAGGGUAUCUGGAACAUCUAUCGCAGGGGGAACAGCUUUUGGUUUGAUCAACUAUCUAAUACCUACAGCGUCCUCCAAAUGUUUUAACAACUUUAAUGCGGGAAACAGUAUGUUUGAUGUAUUCAACGAGUAUGUUGAUGAAGCCACCGUUAAAAAAUAUCCACCUUAUGGGCUAAAAUUGAGCCUUGGAGCAUUGCCUUCCGAUUGUGGCAGUGAAGGUUAUAGGGACGCAUAUAUAACUAGUAUUAGCGGUAUGAUUGGAUAUAAUAUAGGUACAUUAGGGUAUUUGUUGGCAAAGGUGCACGAGGCUAAGCGUGCAUUUUUUACUGGAAAAUUUGUGUGCAAUUUUACUACAGAAAGUAUUGUUUCAGGAUUUUCUUUUAGUUCUGAUGUGUACAAUGACAAAACAAUCGAUAUUUGCUUUCCUGUGCAUGGAGGAUAUAUAGCGACUUUAGGUUGUUUACUUUGUAUAUAA